CCAGGGGCCCCGCGACCCGCCCCCGCCAGGCGCCGCGACGCUCCCGGGCUCGAGGCCGGCCGGGCCCCGCGCCCCGCACCGCGAGAUGCCGGCCCCGCGCGCCCUGGGGGCCGCCCGCCUGCUGGCCCUGGCGGCCGCCCUGUGCGCGCCCGCCCUGGGCCGCGCGCGCGCCGCCGCGACUCCCGCGCUCGGAAGCCCCAACGCCAUCAAGAACCUGCCCCCGCCGCUGGGCGGCGCCGCGGGACGGCCGGGCCCGGCCAGCGCCGCCCCCGGGGCCCCGCACGCGGCCGCCAACAAGUACCAGCCCGGGGAGCAGCAGCAGCCCUACCCGUGCGCCGAGGACGAGGAGUGUGGCCUGGACGAGUUCUGCGGGGUCCCCACCCGGGCCCUGGGUUCGGGAGCGCAGGUCUGCCUGGCCUGCAGGAAGCGCCGCAAACGCUGCAUGCGGCAUGCCAUGUGCUGCCCGGGCAACUACUGCAAGAACGGAAUAUGCAUGCCUUCCGAUAGCACUCAUUUAAAUCAAGGAGAAAUUGAGGAAACCAUUAUUGAAAGUGUCGGUAACGAUCAUAGCACUGUGGAUGGGUACUCUAGAAGAACAACAUUGUCUUCGAAAAUGUAUCAUACCAAAGGGCAAGAAGGCUCUGUCUGUCUCCGAUCAUCAGACUGUGCCAUGGGGCUGUGUUGUGCUAGGCACUUCUGGUCCAAGAUCUGUAAACCUGUCCUCAAAGAAGGUCAAGUCUGCACCAAACACAGGCGAAAAGGCUCUCAUGGACUAGAAAUCUUCCAGCGCUGUUACUGCGGAGAAGGGCUGUCUUGUCGGUUGCAGAAAGAUCAUCAAACCAGCAAUUCUUCUAGGCUUCAUACCUGCCAGAGACACUAAGCCAAUUUUGGGAAUACAGUGGACUCAUUUAAUAUAAUAUAUGCUACGAACCCCCUCUGAUUUCUGUUCAGCUCAAUCUUUAAGAAUGUAUAAAUUCUGUGGUUACAAUUAAGCAUUCCAAUAAUACCUUCUGGAAAUCUGGAGUGUAAGAGCUUCGUUUCUUUAUGGAACUCCCCUGUCAUUGAUUGCAGUAAAUUACUGUGUUGUAAAUUCUUAGUGUGGCACUUACCUGUAAAUGCAACAAAACUUUUAUUUUUUCUAAAGGUGCUGCAUUGCCUGUUUCUCUCGUGAUGUAAAUUUUUGUACACACUGAUUGUAAUCUUGAUUCUGAUAAAUAUUCUAUAUUGAAUUGAAGUAAAUAAUUUCAGCUUAUGUUUCCUAAAUCCCUAAUCCUUUUCCCUUUUAAAGAGUUUAGAAUGCAAAGAGCUUCUGGAAUGACAAAUGAUAGUUAUCUAAAAUCUAUCAAAAAAUACUAAUUUUCUAAAAUGAGCUCU